CCACGCACGUGUCUCCUAGGUGACCAGCGGCGGCCCCGCCACCGCCGCCGCCGGUAGCAUGAGGCGGCCCAACAUCCUGCUCACCGGUACUCCAGGUGUUGGGAAAACCACACUGGGCAAAGAACUUGCAUUGAGAGCAGGGCUGAUCUAUGUUAACGUGGGUGAUUUGGCAAAAGAAGGAGAACUGUAUGAAGGUUUUGAUGAGGAAUAUGAAUGUCCAAUUUUGGAUGAAGACAGAGUAAUUGAUGAACUAGAAGACAAAAUGAAUGAAGGUGGAGUUAUUAUUGAUUAUCACGGCUGUGAUUUUUUCCCAGAAAGGUGGUUUCAUAUAGUAUUUGUACUUCGUACAGAAAAUUCAGUUUUGUAUGACAGACUUGAAAGCAGGGGCUACAAAGGGAAAAAGCUACAGGACAAUAUUCAGUGUGAAAUUUUUCAGACUCUUUAUGAGGAAGCCAUGUCAUCUUAUAGAGAGGAAAUUGUACACCAGUUACCUAGUAAUACUCCAGAAGACCUAGAGCGAAAUUUGGAUCAGAUUAUGCAAUGGAUCGAGCAAUGGAUAAAAGACAACAAUUGACAUCUGCUGGAAAAGUAACUCUGUUGGAUCUCUUCCUAGAGGGGCUUAAUAAGUGACAUUCCUAUUUCUUUUAUGGUAAAUUAAAAUAAAUUUCAUUGUAGUUUGUUUGGGGGAACUAGAAGAGGUUUCAUAAUAACCAAAGCUCUAAGGCUUUGGAAAAGCCUCUGAAACAGUAGGGGUAGGCACACAGGAGAACUGACUCAAGAAUAGAAAUUAAGCGGUGAAUGAAAGGAUGAAAUGACAUGGUUGUCUUUCAUAACAGGAACUGAGCUCAAAAGCUGAGGAAUCUUUGGCGCUUAUGGUUGAAAUUAAACUUUCUUAUUUCCCCACGAAGAAAACUGCAAAAUCAUAAUGACUGAUGACAACUGAGGAGCCUUUGAUUGCUGAAGGUUAGAUUAGCUUACUGAAAAGGAGACAGUCUGCUUCUGAAUAAUGAGGCUAUAAAUUACUAUAUUCUGCUAUAUCCUUAAACAUGUGGAAGCUAAUGUAGAGUGAGGGGUUUAUUAUGUAGUUUAAGGAGGAUGCUUUAUAUUUGAGAUAAGAGAUUUGACCUAGUGAGAAAGCUGUUUUUGAAUGUUUCAUCAUAGAACAUAAGGAAUUAUUCAUGGUAUAAGGAAACAUCAGCUAUAUCUGCAUUGAUGUAGAAGAGUAAGUAAGAAGUUUUCCUUCUCCUUUUUCUCUGUGUUCGCUGUCACCCAUCUCAACCAUGGAAAGUAUUUAUCAAUGUAAGCUUCUUAAGGAAGCAGUAAUAUAUCAUUUUGUAUAGUAACAAGUCUUCAGUGACCUAAAACAUAGCUACACUUAAAAGAUUUUAGCCAUCUGUUCUAAUGCCUUGUGACAUGUGAGUCCUAGAAGGGCAUGUUUCUGUGAUUCUACUUCGCUGAAUAGAAGGAUCAUAAAGCUUUGUGAAAGGUCCUGUGGAAGGUGCUUGCCAAUAGACUUUUAUAUACCUGAAGUUGAAGAGUAAAACUAUUUACCUAAAAUUUGUAUUCUGAAGAGUAUUAUGGUUGCAUAUGUAAGAUUCUAUUUUUUUAUUUCAAAUUUGGUGUAGAACUUGCAAGAGUUGCAGAGGAUUAUUCAAGUUUCUAGGAAAAUAUAAAUUCUUGUCAAAUUUCUGAUGCAGUGACGUUUGUAAAUGGACGGCAAGUGGAACUGUUGAAAAUCUGAAGUCUCGUUGCAGAACUGGGACCAAACAUUGUGGAAAUACAUCUGUUCACGUAUUUAUAUAUAUAUAUAUUUAGUAGUUAUUUUCAAGGUUAUUGCUUGAAUGGGAAACCUGGUGAAGAAUAAAGUUCGGUAGCAUGUUCUCGGCUGGAUUGGAAGUGCCUGCACAGUACCAACUCUUGAGAAUGUUUUAAAUGUCUUUGACCAUGUCUUUUAAAUAAAUAAAAAAAAAGUG